AUGUCUACAGAGGCUAUCCCGGAGGCCCUGACUGCGCCGACACAAGCGUUCCAGAACUCUCCUCCCUUUCCGGAUGAUGUCCCGACAGCUCCCCUCCUCCGUCUGUCGUUGGCCAAACUGAUCGACCGCGACCCUGAAGAGGUCAACCGGUUCGCCAGGGCUUGUGAAGAUCUUGGCUUCUUCUACCUCGACCUGUCCGGUCCAGGAGACUCGUUAUUGGCCGAUGCAGAUCAUUUGUUUGGGGUAGGCGCCGAAUUGUUUGAGCUGCCCCUUGAGGAGAAGAAGAAGUACGACUUCAUGCACAAGAACUCUUACUUCGGGUACAAAGGCCUGGGCGCCAAUGUUGCCGAUAGAGAAGGCAACUUGGACCGAAAUGAAUUCUACAAUGUUUCGAAGGACGACAUCAUGGGAAUUUCCGACCCAUGGCCGGCCCCAGAAGUGCUUAAUUCCCAGCGUCCAUUGCUGAAGUCCUUCAUUAGUUCGGCACAUGGAAUCGUCGAUCUAGUGCUCGAGUUGCUCAAUGACCACCUGAAACUCCCACCAAACACACUCCAAGAUAUGCAUCGCUUGGAAGGUCACUCUGGCGAUCAAGUUCGAUUUAUCAAAGCACCUCCGCAGCCAAUGAAUGAUCGCAAAACUGCCCUCGGCGAACACACCGACUUCGGAAGUGUCACAGUCCUGUUCAACCGUCUGGGUGGCUUGCAAGUGUUGCCUCCAGGACGCGAUGCGCAAUGGUGCUAUGUCAAGCCACUGCCGAACCAUGCGAUUAUCAACCUGGGAGAUGCGAUGGUCAAAUUUACCAAUGGGCUUUUGAGGUCAAACAUCCAUCGCGUCGUGGCGCCACCAGGGAAACAAGCGGACUACACGAGAUACUCCCUUGUAUACUUCAACCGGCCCGAAGACGAUGUGAUGCUGAAGAGACUCAAGGGAAGCGACAAGAUCCCUCCUUUGGCGGAGGAUGAAGUUGAGGAAGAGAUCAACAGUAAGGAUUGGAUCAUCAGACGAGCGCUGGGCCAUCGUAUUGCCCUCUAUGGCAAAGAUGCAUACGAUUAUGACAGAAUCAAGGGAACGGAGGAAAAAAGCCAACGCGCUUAUCUGUAG